GCUCCGCGUCGCACCGCGGGAGGGGUGGGGGGGACCCAGCCUCUGGGAAGCUUGCCUCUCCGGCCUGAGCGUCCCCCGCGCCCCCCGGCUCGCUCCUGCCGCGGCCUUGGCGCGCUUCCUACCUGCCAGAACUUCUCCCAUGUGCUGUCAUGAGGCAGGCGCUCCGCUCUGGGCUGGGCGCUGCGGCGCUCGUCCUGACAGCUUGCGCCUCUCUCUGCACAGGCCUAACAUGUGUGUGCCAAUUAUGUGAAAAAACAAACUUCACUUGUGAAACGGAGGGAGCAUGUUGGACUUCUGUCAUGCUAACAAAUGGUCGGCAAGAAGUAAUAAAGGCAUGUGUUUCCCUACCGCAGCUGAAGGCACAGAUCUUCUGCCAUGGUUCUAAGAACGUAACCAGAACAGAAUGCUGCUACACAGAUUUUUGCAACAAUGCCACCAUUUACUUGCCCACAGGUCAAGAUACUUCAAACAAAUCAAAGCUAGGACCUGUGGAGCUGACCGUAGUUAUAACUAUACCAGUGUGUGUCUUGUCUAUUGCUUUAUUGCUGACAGCAUACACAUGCCAAGGACACCACUGCAGACACAGAAGGAAAAGAAGGCCAAAUAUUGAAGAACCUCUGUCUGAGUGCAGUCUGGUGAACCCAGGAAAAUCUCUCAAAGAUCUAAUUUUUGACAUGACAACAUCGGGUUCUGGAUCUGGUUUACCUCUCCUUGUCCAAAGGACAAUUGCAAGGACUAUUGUUCUUCAAGAAAUAGUUGGAAAAGGUCGAUUUGGCGAAGUCUGGCGUGGAAAAUGGUGUGGAGAGGAUGUUGCUGUGAAGAUCUUUUCCUCAAGAGAUGAAAGGUCGUGGUUUCGUGAAGCAGAAAUCUAUCAGACAAUCAUGCUGAGACAUGAAAAUAUCUUGGGUUUUAUUGCUGCUGAUAACAAGGACAAUGGGACCUGGACUCAGCUGUGGCUUGUAACUGAAUAUUAUGAACAGGGCUCUUUGUUUGACUACUUAAACAGCAACACUGUGACAGCUGACGGAAUGAUUAAGCUGACAUUUUCAAUAGCCAGUGGGCUAGCACAUCUUCACAUGGAAAUCGUUGGAACCCAAGGAAAGCCAGCUGUUUCACACAGAGACCUGAAAUCUAAAAAUAUUCUGGUCAAAAGGAAUGAAACCUGUGCUAUUGCUGACCUGGGGCUAGCUGUGAAGCAUGACUCUAUAUUAAACACAAUUGACAUACCACAGAAUCCUAGAGUAGGAACCAAGAGGUACAUGGCUCCAGAAAUACUUGAUGAUACAAUGAACACAAAUAUCUUUGAGUCUUUCAAGCGUGCGGAUAUCUAUUCUCUUGGACUGGUGUAUUGGGAGAUAUCCAGAAAAUGCUCAGUUGGAGGAAUUGUGGACGAGUACCAGUUACCUUAUUACGACGCUGUGUCUUCUGACCCUUCAAUAGAAGAAAUGAGAAAGGUAGUCUGUGAACAAAAGCUGAGACCAAAUAUCCCAAAUCAGUGGCACAGCUGUGAGGCACUCAGAGUUAUGGGCAGAAUCAUGCGUGAGUGCUGGUACACCAAUGCGGCAGCUCGACUGACAGCGCUUCGCAUUAAGAAGACAAUUUCUCAACUCUGUGGACAAAAUUCCAAAGCUUAAUUUUAUACACUUUGUAAAAAUGGAGCAGGAAAUGUAUUUUUUGUCUUUGGUUUUUGUGGUUGUUUUUGAUUUUGCUCUACCUCACAUGAUGCUAAGGAUAGUAUUGCAAAGCCCAAAUCCCAGACUACUAGAAAGUAGCUUCACUGGUUCUUCACAUUUCAUCAGGAUUAAGUUUUGGUUGCUGGGUGAUGUGUGUCUUGUUUUGGCUGGUAUAGGAAAAGUGAUUGAUCUAUUUUAUGGGCAUAAUCCAUGAAUAUGCUCCACAGUGUUGACAUGAUCCUUCCUGCCAUGGCAGCAGAAGCCCCUGAAUCGCGGAGAAUAUAUGAGAAGUGAACAUCAGGGAAGGCAUGGCACCAUAGCAGAGCUCUCUUCCUGUUUGUGUUGGUGGCAUACAUGAAUCUGAUGUGCUAGACCAGAAGUGAACAACUUGUGAGCUAAUUUUAUCUCACCCGCAGUCUAACUUCACCCUUUUAUACAAAAACUGCUUCUUUCCUCCUCUUCCUCCCCCUCCCCCUCCUCCUCCUCCUCCGGUAAAAACUGUCUCUUAACCAUCCUCCUGGUUAAAAAAGGGAGAAAGGUUGAAAAUAGGUUUCUUGACCUACUUUUGCCUUUGGUGGAGCCCACCGCAUGCUGGAAAGUUACCUCAGAGGGGGUGCGGCAUUUAAAUGCAAGGAGGCUAUUUGCUCUUCUGAGGAUACUAAAUGCAUUGAAUCUAUAUUAAAAUAUAUUGGCCACUGACUUAAAAAAAAAUCUUGCAAAUGAGUGGCUUUUCAGUUCACCUCAAGAACUGAGAUGUGAGCCAUAAGAACUCAUAAGAUGUUGAGCCUGGAGAUCUCUGGAAAAUAUCAUGCUUGACUGUAGACUUUCCUUGGAAGAUUUCUACAGACUUUCUUAAUGUUGAUUAGAUUCACUUAGUAUUUUAUUUCAGCCAGCAGCAGUGCCUGCCUUACUCUGCAGCAUCCUGUGGGGGGAACAGAUUUCUGGGAGAGCUUCCAUCUUUUGUUCAGGAAGCCCCUAGAGAAAGUUGAGCCCUCUCUCCACUAGUGGCAUUGCAAAUCCCCCUUUUUAAUGCUGUAAGGAAAGCAGAGCAUUUUAUGACCACAGAAAAAAGUGCAAGCACACACCCUUGACACUGCCACCGUAAAGAAUCAGGAGAUGCUGCCAGUCAGAGCUGAUGUGAUUGGGCUAAAUGAGCCAAAGGUUUGGUUUUUCUGCAUUCCUAGGGAAGUAAGCAAGUGAGAAACUGAGACCAAAGUAUCAAGGCAUUUUUCACAGAACUUUGUAGAAUAGGUGGUACAAUAUGUUGUGUGUGUGUAUGUGUGUGUGUGUGUGUGUGAGGGUGCAUUUGUAUGUAUAAUGUGUAUUUGUGUGUAAUGCACACAAAGAUCUUUUUUAUUAAUCAAAUAAGAGUCAUUAAAUAGAACAUGCUUAUUGUGAAAGUUCUUGUUUUAUUAUUAGUCACAUUAUAGAUGAUCAUUUAUUUAAAGCUUUGACCACAACGUUAUAGUUAAAUGUCAGAAAUUCUAUACGUUACAUGUCUUUUGUCUUCAGAUUUCUAUCUGUGAACUAAAUAUUCUAAAUCUAAAACAGUGUAAAUGUAAUAGGAUAAAUCUGGAAUAUCUGUUUUGUGGUGCCAACAUUUAGAACAAAGUCCUAACAAGGUCCUAAUGUAAAAUAUGUGUAAUACUUACCUGACUGAAGAAAAACCAAGGUGUUAAAGAGUAAGUGUUUGGCUAAAGAGAAGUGCUAUUUUACACAAGUCUGCAUUGAUCCAUAAUUCUGAAAAAAAAAUCAAUGAAAAGACAGAAGAAUAAAGGAAUGUCAGAUAAUCACAGGUAUUAAUUUUUUGUAAAUUUGAAAAAACGGAUGCAUAUAUAUUUAAAUAUGUCUUCAGGAAAUCAAAUUGUAGUGAGUAUUGGAUUUGGGAAGGAGAGAAGAAGUCUCUCUCUCUCUCUCUCUCUUUUUUUAAGGCCCCAUUUUUAGAGCAAUACAUUCUCUCUUACAGAUAGAAGUCAAAGCAGAGCAAUUUAGGCAGCAGGAACAGUCAUUCAGCUGUGGAAAUGCAGUUUAGUUCUUUAUUCCCACAACCAGAGUUGGAUAGAUGUGGCUUUUUUGUGAGCUGUGUUAAGAUCUUCUCCUGCGACCAGCAUUUUCCCAUGUGACAGAACCUGACUGUGGAGGGAGAUAACAUGGGAACUGUAAUUCCCAUACAUGCCUGUUGCUCACAUGAAUCCAAAGUGGCAUGAAAAUCUAAGGCAGCUCUUGGAUGGCUGUGGUUUGCAAGUGAAUGGCUCCAAUUAUUUCACUUCAUAAACAAUUUGAAGAAGAAACUAGUAAGACCAAAUUGUUGCUGGUAUUUGUGGUUAUAUCUGUCUCUGUGCAUGACAGAGAGAAAGAGCUGUUCCUACCCACCCAUGCUAUAUUCAGCCUGAAAUCCCAAAUGUUGAUUCUCCAAAUUUCUAGAAAGAAGGUUGUAGCUUAGUGGUAUAACACAUAUUUUGUAAGGAAGAAGUCCCAAAUUCAGUCACUGGGGCCUCAGGGUAGGGCUAGAAAGACUUUGUCAGUGAACAAAAUGCUGUCCUGAGGAUGAAGACGGAACAACUUUAUUUUAUUAUUCUCUAUCUUAUAACAGGAACCAAGCCAUUGUCAAUUAGUGGUGUCCAUGUUAACUUUGGGGUCUUAAAAAUGCAAACAAAUACGUUGAUUUCCAUCUGAAAAAAAUAAAUAAAAAACCUAUAUGCAUCUCUGAGCCAAAACUUCAAAAGUGUAUCAACCAUGAAAGUAUGAUUUUCAAAUUUUGCUGAUAACUGACUCUUGUGAUAUGAAUGUGACCUGUGCAAAUAAAACAGUAAACGGGGAUUUUUAAGUUGCCCAUUGCCAUCUUCAUCAGUAUGGCCCAGGCCCACAACCAGGGUCUGUGUCACCUGGGGCAAGUAUGGAUCCCAUGCCCAUUUUGGCACCCCUCCCAGCGUGGCACCUGGGGCACAUGCCCCGCUUGCCCCCCGCCCCCCGUUGCGGCCCUGGUAUGACCAUUAUUCCUUUAGCUAGUUUUUCGCAUAAUGCUUGAGAUUUUGAUGCAGAGGUAACGGCGGCUCCUAUUCAACCUGGGCUGAACUCCAUAGCUAAGCAAGAUCAGCCCUGGUUAGUACGUGAAUAGGAGAGCGUUUGCCAAUUCUUAUGAAAUCAGAAAACAUCCAUCCCCACAAGAAACAGUGACCAACUAGUACUGUACCGAUGCCAAGAAAACAGUGUAGGUGUAGUCACUAGCAGCUAAGCUCAACUCAAGGGCCUUUAAUUAAGCUAAACAUUAAUGGUCUUUAUGCUGGUACAAAGACAACCGAACCCGUCUAAAAGUCGUCACAUAUUCACACACAGUGGUCGGUGAUGUUCCCUGUCUUUUAAUUUGAAUUGUGACCUAAAAGCCCUGUGUUUGAUCAUCUCUAAAUGGUCCAUGCAGACACACACGAAUCAUCUGAUGCUGCAUUUCAGAACUGAUAAACAAGCGAAAGUAUGAACUGAUCCUGAGUCACCAAGGGUGACUCUGUGAGACUUAGAAGUAGUCCUCUUGGAUUUUCUGCAGUGGUCACUCUUCUAUUUGUCAUGUUGCCACGUGCUUACAUUUUAAAAUUAGAAUCCCAUUCUGCUGCUGAAAUUAUUACUGCUAUGUGAAAGGGACGUGGUGGCGCUGCGGGUUAAACCACUGAGCUGCCGAUCGGAAGGUCGGCGGUUCGAAACCGCGCGGCGGGGUGAGCUCCCGUUGUUAAUCCCAGCUCCUGCUCACCUAGCAGUUCGAAAACAUGCAAAUGUGAGUAGAUCAAUAGGUACCGCUUCGGCGGGAAGGUAACGGCGUUCCGAGUUGUCAUGCUGGCCACAUGACCCGGAAGUGUCUAUGACAACGCCGGCUCCAAGGCUUAGAAACGGAGAUGAGCACCGCCCCCUAGAGUCGGACACGACUGGACUUUACGUCAAGGGAAACCUUUACCUUUACCUAUGUGAAAAUAACAAAAGUGAGAAAUGGCAAAUGGUUGUUCCUAUUCCUUGUUCUUUAGGGACUGCUGAUAAAGUCUGAAAUCUAUAAGCUGUGCAAUUAGCAUGUGAAUAAUUACAGUAGUUGCCUUACAGUUUAAAAUAUCUUGUUAUGGAUCAGCUUGUGCUUUUCUUACUUGUGUGAAGUAAUCCGAAAGAAUCAAGCACUUCCCAUUCCUUACAGGCACCACAAUUAUAUGGCCUAGAACAGAAAAUAAGUAUCAAAUGCACAAAAUAAUACUCUGGAAUGUGAUGAAAGUGCAAUUAAAUCAAAUCUGAAAAAUUUAUGUUGUAUAAAUCUAUGUAGGAAGAAAUAAUCUCUUAAAUUCAAACGAUAGCUAAUGGUGGAGCAGAGCUCCAUCCCAGAAGGGGAAGAUGUAAAUUUUCAAUCUGCAAAUGCCUAUAAAGAAUAUGUGUUAGGAAUAGAUUUCUCUUAAAACACAAACUAACUUUAAAUACAGUUACAGAACUGAAUGAUGAAAUCAGUUUUCAUGCUGUACAUGGUUUAACCUAGUGUAUACUGUCACAAGAAAAUAUUUAUUUUUUAAACAAAUUGCUUUAAUAUUGCUGCUGCUGCCUCUAGUUGUAAAUAAUAUAUGUCUGAAUGGUGUAUUUUUGUAUACCUACAUUUUGCCUCUCAAACCAUAUUUUUAAAGUGCCAAUUUUACUAUAUUAAUCUUUCUUUGCUGUUUGUUUUUGUGAAGCGCAACCUCUUUUAAAUAAUAAAAACCGAAUGUCUGAGAAA